AGGCAUUGUAAAAUUCAAGCUGACUGGAAUUCGACGUAAUCAUGUGGAAUCUAUUCCGGAUAUCUGGACAAUAUUUAUCGAUUCCGGGUAAAACACUAGUAUCCCCCUGUGUCCGAACGAAUGAAUCAAAAGCAUUGAGAACUAUUGACGUAACACAUCACAUCUGUCGCGACCAAACACAGACGUGUAUCUUGAGAGAUGAAUUCCUAACAUCUGACAGAAAUUCUUGAAUCAUAUGUUAUCCCUAAACUAUAUCAGAUAAAAUAUUGGAAUAACAACAUCAAGGAGAAAUGAUUCAGACGAAUACCAUAAAAACAAUAUUCAACACCCUUCUUUUGAUGUCAACACUUUCCAAAGCCAAUGGAACGGUUCGACAAUUCCACUUACAUUUGUACGGUGAGGUUCCCGAGGAAUACGGUCCCCAUAUACUGUGCCAGAUUCCCAAUGUUUCAAAGAGCGUCUGUGCUUCCAUGUGUCUAGAAAACGCCAAAUGCCACGCGGUGGAAAUCUGUAACCACGGAGUCUCAAGGUGUCGCAUAACAACGGGACAACAUUCGUCCCCGAUGUCCAACAGCUCCAGGUCAACAUGUCAGCUCUAUCGUCUGGGCAAUCCUUGCAGGGAAGGCUAUUGGGAUAGGCUACAGAACACAUGUACUCAAAACAUUACACAGACCCUCCCCCCAAACACGUGCGCAGACUGUCACUGCCUGCUGGGUCUGCUGGACAUUGUGACCAAUGGGGAGAUCAGAUUCACCCUGUCUGGGGGCAAGACCCUGGUUUGUGUUGUUGAGGUGGCAGUUCUUGGACUUGAUAUAUACAAAUGGACUGUGAUUCAGAGACGACGCUCCGGUGGAUCUGUUCACUUUGAUCGGGAAUGGAACGAACACAAAGAAGGAUUUGGCUCCACAACAUCCGAUUUCUGGAUUGGCAAUGACUUCAUACACCAGUUGACCAACAUUACCGGAAACCACCAUUUGCAGAUAAGAAUGACAAAAAACAACGGACAAAAGCUGACUGUCGAGUACCUGUUUUACAUAGAGUCCGAGAACGGCGGUUACAGACUGCAUGCUGCCAGCUUAGAUGGAAGCCAAAACCUAGGUGACCCAUUUUUAUCCACGUGUCAAGAGUGUGCUAACUUGAUGAAAUUCAGCACGAAGGACGUUGACAAUGAUAAUGACACUAUCAGGAACUGCGCAAGCGUCAGUAAAGGAGGCUGGUGGCACAACUCGUGUCAAAAGUCAAAUUUAAAUGGAGAGUUCGGUCAGGUUAACUACACGCUUGGAAUAAAUUGGAACAAGUUCACAGACCUCAGCUACGUGGAAAUGAGGGUCAGAAGACCGUAACAAUUUGUCAGUUUGACCAACUGAACCAAUGAAAACGUUCCUUCCGUCUUUAAGGAGGCUGGAUUGUCAACCAUCGCAUCUGCAUACAAUUUUAAGAUAUGAUUUGUUUAGCUAUAGUAAAGAAAAGAUCUAUAUAUUUAACCUUAAUUUGGGUACUGUAAACGUAUUACA